UCAAGAAAUACAUUGAAAAUAAUGUUUACUGUGUUUCCGCACGGAGUACAUGCAUUUUGAUCUUACAAUUUCAUGGCGUAAAGCAAAACCGCCACAUGAGUUUGUGCGUUUAAAGCAUGAAAUACAGAAUUUACUGUGUUAAAAAGGAAUAUAUUUAUAAACUUACUUAAAGUUACAUUGUGCGUCAUUACAAACUAACGCAUUUUCCUUAAGGAAAGGAAUUAUUUUUCUUAAGAGGAAAGCAGACUUUUGGUCAGAGGUCGAAACAUUUGAGCACAGAAGUUUUCAAAGUAAUAAAGUAAGGCACAGAGAGGAAGACGAAAAAGAGUGUGUAUAUUGACAGUCUUCAACUUACGACAAUGCCUAAAGUUGAGUUUGAAAAGCUCUUGGACAAACGGAAUCCGGAAAUAGGAUAUGCUUCAAAUUUGGCACGAUUAUACGAUGAGGGCGACGAUAUUGAAGAACACACGACAACUUUGAAACAUAAACAUAACGAAACUGGUGAACCGUCUAAAAGAAAACUUUUUAAGGAAAAGGAUAAACGCUACCGGGAAAAAGUACCAUUUACUUUUAAAAGAUCGGUUAAGGCACUCGUCCUACAUGUGAAAAAUAUUCUUCAACAGCUUUCUGAAAAGAGGGGACCCGUUGAAAAGUUUGUAAUUGGUAAAACACACGCCAGAAAACUGAAAAAGGUUCCGUUUGAUCCGUUCAAAUUUAACACAUGGCGACUUGCUGAUGGCGUCAACGGACGAUGGAAGACUUCCUACGAAAAGGAAGGAUACGACGGUUUGAUCGUUCUUUGUGCGAUAACAAAGGACCUCCUCCCAAAGGCUGAUCCCAUUAACAAGCCUCAGUUGCGUCUCGCUUUGUCUGCAUCUGCGUCCCUCCAGGAAACAGACGACAGCGAUGAUGAAGUUGAAUGCGAGCUCUACCACCAGCAGCACUAUAUUCUCGCCCUUGAACAGCAGCUCAUCCACUAUUUCGCCUAUGUGGAGCAGGAUCCACGCCUGGGAAACCUGUCCGUGUCCACCGGAAAUAUGGAGCGACAAAACGCUGUCGCUGGUGUCCUUUAUGUCGCAUUCAAACUUAAAGGUUUGCAAGAAGAAUAAAAACAAGGAGGGUUGAACGAACCUUUUUAUCAUCAUUGAAUUGUUUUGGAAAUCUAAAAUCAGUUUCUUUGAAAUGUUUCUUACGGCUUUAGAAUGUUUGGGCAUAAACUCUGUUUUUACUUUGUCGACAUUUGGAUUGAGUGUUUUUACUUUGUCCACGUUUGGAUUGGAUAUGGUCAUCAUUAAACCCGCUUAAAUGGAGCACAGACGAGAACAUCACACGUGUCUAUGACUUUUUUCAGAGAAUAGAAACAGAAAAGAACAAUAACUCAAACGUUUCAUAUUCAAAGUUCUUUAAACUCAUAUUUUGGUUUUCAUGUCAUGUACAAACUGAUAGAUGUAUUGUUGUAUGUAUCAUACGAUAUAUCAUUACUUUCACUGACAAAGCAUGGGAAACUGUCCGUGGCUAUGAUAUGUUUUUAUAAAUUUCAAAUUGUAGUGAAGUUCAUGAUUUAAAAACAAAUAGAAAACAAUAAUGUGUUUAUUAUUUGACCAAAUUGUAGCCAGCAUACGACUUGUACUCUGAAAUAAAUUUAAUCUGAACUAUA